GAAAAGUAGACGUUGGACUUAUCACAAGACAAUAUGCACACGGGCUUCUCCAUGCACCGCGUUAAAGUUUAUAAGCUAAAUGCGGAGGGACAAUGGGAGGACAAGGGUACUGGGCAUAUCAGCGUCGAGUACAUGGAGCAAGCGCACGCGAUGGGGCUAGUGGUCAUUUCCGAAGAAGAGAACGGAAAGACGCUGCUGGUGCACCAGAUAUCUCGGGAGGACAUCUACACACGCUCUGGUGAGUCCACGAUUAUUACCUGGCACGACGCGGAGAUUUCGACGGAUGUUGCAAUUAGCUUCCAGGAGCAGGUUGGCUGUGAUCACAUAUGGCAACAGAUCAAACAGGUGCAGCGCGAGGAGCAUAUGCGGCACCAAGAUCAUGAGCGCGGUCGCAAGUCCUCGGCGGACGAGUACGAUCAGCCAUCGACAAUUGGGGGCCGCAUGGGGAACGGCGAAUUCAUGGAUAGCGAUUCGGAUCUGCCUGCCCCCGAACGCCGCAACCUAGAGGAGAUCGCAAAGGCGCUAACCCACCUAACGCCCCUCCAGAGGGACCGCGUAGCAGCUCAGCUCUUGAAGCAGAACUACCUGCCGGCCCUGUUGGACCUGUUCAAGCAAUGCGAGGAUUUGGAGGACAGCGAGGGGCUCACGCACAUGUAUGCCAUCGUGCGGGGGGCCAUCAUGUUGAACGACAGCGGGCUGCUGGAGGAGAUGCUGCGGGAGGAGCAUGUGAUGGACGUGCUGGGGGCGCUGGAGUACGACCCGGAUGUGAAGCAGCCGCAGAAGCACCGGGAGUUCCUGCAGAGCCAGGUGCAGUUCAAGGAGGUUGUGCCGAUCUCCAACCCGCAGAUCCUAGCAAAGAUCCACCAAACCUACCGGAUACAGUACCUGAAGGACGUCAUCCUGCCCAGGUCCCUAGAUGACGCCACCUACGCCACGCUCUCCUCCCUGGCGCUGUUUAACAACAUGGAGGUGGUGGGGGCGCUCAUGUCCGACCCCGCCUUCCUGCCGCAGCUCUUCCAGCGGCUGCAGCAGGCGGACACGGGGGACGUGCAGUGGCAUGACCUAGUGGCGUUCCUGCAGGAGUUUUGCAGCCUUGCGCGGCACUUGCAGCAGCAGCAGCGGGCGUCGCUGUUCUCCCGACUCACACAGCUCGGGCUGUUCGAGGUUGUGACGCGCAUCAUGCUCCACAGCGGCACCGAGGUGAAGCUGCGGGCCACCGACAUCCUCAUGUCCUCCAUGCAGCACGACGUGCUGGCGCUCCGGGAGUUCCUGUACAAGCAGUCGGAUCACACACUGUUCGGGCUGCUGGUGCACGAGCUGACGGACGGCACGGAUGCGGGGCUGGCGGAGCAGGUGUGUGAGGCGCUGCGCCUUCUGAUGGACCCGGACACCAUGGAGCAGCCGGUGGAGAAGAACGAGUUCCUGGAGGUCUUCUACGACAAGUACCUGGACCGGCUGACGGGGGUCAUACUCAGCGACUCGAGCAUCAGCAGCAGCGGCACCCGCGCAGUGCCCGCCUCCACCCUGGGCCUCAUCCUGGAGCUGCUCAGCUUCUGCGUGCAGAACCACUCCUACCGGAUACGCUACUACACGCUCCGGAACCACCUGGUGGAGAAGGUGCUGCGGCUGCUGCACCGCCGGGAGAGGUGGCUGGUGUGUGCUACGGUGCGCUUCAUGCGGGUGUGUGUGGCGCUCAAGGAGGACUUCUUUACAAGGUACCUACUGCGCCAGAACUGUUUCGGCCCGCUGAUGGUGGUGUUCUUCGAGAACGGCGAGCGCUACAACCUGCUCAACAGCGCGGUGCUGGACCUGAUCGAGUUCAUACGGCGGGAGAACAUCAAGCCGCUGCUGGACCACCUGGUUGAGAACUACGGCCACCGCUUCGACGAGUUGUCGUACGUGGAGACCUUCAAGCAGCUGCGGCUCAAAUACGAGCAAGCGCCGGAGCGAGCAGGCAGCGCGGGGGGGAACGGACCACGGGGGGACGAGGACAUGGCGGAUGCCUCGGGUUCCGGAGCGGGAUCGGCUGCUGCUGCCGCCAGCAUCCGCGGGCGGACCUACGUGUUCCCUGCGGCUGCUUCAGGGGCGGGGGGCGCGUCCGGCACCCCACAUGGUCGGGCGGGGGGGCAGCCGGGGCAUGGGCGGAGACGGCGGCGUGACGAGCGGGAUAUGGAUAAAGACGAAGAGGACUACUUUAGCGAGGAUGCCGACGACGAGCAUGAGGACGUACAACGGCCACACUCGCUCCACCAGAAUAGUGAACGGGCGCUACGAGACGACGGCGGCAGCGGCGGCGGCUUCAGCAGCCAGGGGGCUGCAGCUGGGGGGUACGGAGGCAGCGGCGGUCACAACGGGGGCGGACAUGGUGGCAGCAUGGAUCUGGGGUCUCGCAACGGCCCGCGUGUGGGGGGCAGUCAGGGGGCGUCGGGGGCUAACAGAGGGGGGAGCGGCGCGGGGGCGGAGGAGGCGGAUGCGGCGCAACGUGGGGAUGGCGGUGGGCAGUCUGCGGCUCGAGACCUGGCACCGCAUGGGAGCGGGGCUGGCGGGAAUGCGUCUGCCAGGCAGCCGCAACAGCAGCAGCAGCAAGAGCAGUCUGCAGCAGGGGUGUUGCCUGGGGGGCAGCGGCAACAGGAAGCGUCACAGCCAUGGCCAGGUCUGGUGGAUUAUGAUGAUGACGAUGAGGGGAUGGUGGCGGGUGCGGAGGCCGACACGCAGCAGCAGCAGCAGCGAGAGCCGCAGCAGCCGGCUUCUUGCGUGGAUUCCUCGCCCCAGCAGCAGCAACAGGAUCAGCAGCAGCAGCAGCUACCAGAGAACGCGGAUGGGCCGGGGAAUGGGACUAGUGCCGCCGCGGCGGUUCAUGUUGCCGCGGGUGAUCGGGGUCCCAGUGUUGAUUUGGGUCGGCGGCCGCGGAGUGAAGAUGAUGAGGGGAAGGCGGGGCUUGGAGAGGACGAGGUGUUGGGUCAAGAGCAGCGAAAGCGGCUGCGAAAUGACGACCCGAGUGCAGCUGUCGGCAGGCGAUAAGUGGUCGUGACGCCAGGACCCCGUGUUUAGUAGCGGAUUAUUGGGAGCGGAUACGGCGGGGCAGCGCCCGAGUUUUAGCUUGUAAGAGAUACCAGUAGUGAAGAGGCGCUUUCAGCUGUGAAGGAGGGUAGAAUAUGUGUGCAUGUAUGCUGAGGUCUGAGGUUUAGUAGGAAGCCCCCAUGCAUCCCGCUUACCCAGGGUUAUAUAAUGACCGAUUCAGAACCGGAAACGGCCGUAUGCGCAGCCGCCACAGUUCGCUACUACUGCA